CGACGCAUUGAUAUUGGGGUCGAUAGUUGGUUCACAUCGUGUACAUAUGUACAGUGACUAAUGUGCAAAUAGCAAUAGGUUAUAGUAAUAUCUGCAUUUCUCCGGGUAAGUCGGUCAGAUGGGCAAGGCACAUAAACCAAAAUGAAGCACUAAAUGGUGAUAUGACAGAACCAGACCCAUGGAGCACAACACACAGGAACUAGCCCACCUGGCUAGGAAGGCCAAUCCCAGCAACUUUGACAAGGAAGGGACGCUGUAUCUCUUGGAGGAGACUAGUCAGGGCAAGGGUUCAAAGAAGGACCAUCAAGAAUUUAGAGAAAAAUGGUUUCUUCUGCGAGGAAAUUUGCUGUUUUACUUCUCCUCAGCCAAAAAGGACUCGGACCCUUUAGGCCUGAUUGUUCUAGAAAGGGUAAAAGCAAAAUCUGUUUCAUCUGAUGACAAUCGAUUGUUUGCCUUUCAACUUGUUUUUGAAAAUGACGAUGAAGCUGUCUCACUAGCAGCACCAUCUGGCAAUGAUCAAGAUGUCUGGAUUGAAGCCAUCAACAGUGCUGGCUAUGAAUACAUGAAGAAGCUCAUCUUCAGUCUCCGGGACCAGCUUAUGAACAAGAUGGGUCACUUCCUUCCCAAGUUAGCGCUCUCUGUGCCCAUCGAUUCAGACAGGAGGACUGCUGUCACUGGCGAGGAGGCAUUCUUUGAGUUUUCACUUCGCUGCGACGGGUUAUCUGUUGGACCAGGCGGUGAAGAACCCAAUACUAUGGUUGUUAUCAGCAAGGUGUCUCCACAAGAUGAUACAUGCCGAGAGCUCACUCGCACUGAAAUUGAGUUGAACACAUGCAGCCCAGUAUUCAUGAAGACAUUGUGUUUUAGUAGUGCUCAAAUAUCAACAGACACUCGCAUUAAGCUGGAAGCCAGAGACAUGAGUGAAGGAGUAAUAAGACGAGAGCUCGGUUGUGCCUUUUUUACGAUGAGGUCUUUGACCUCAUCUCCUGCCAGCACCCUUCAAUGCUCACUCAGGGAUGGUAAUGGCACAAUUACAAUAACUGCCUGGCAAGAUGAUUCGGAUACUGGAAGCAUGCAGUCAGCUGAAGGAACCGAACUGGAAAGCCAACUCGCUCAAAAUUGUGCCACUAGCUGUGAUAAAGCCAAUGAAAACCAUAUUCUACCACCAGCCAGUCCAGCUCAGUCACGGACACACACAAGAGACCAUGUCAAACAGUUAUCAGUAUGGUUUGGUGACAUCCUCACUCGGGCCUACAGGUUCCCGGCAACGAAUGGCUCAGAGAUCAAGGUGCAUGAAUUUCUCGGGGAAAGCAAACUUACGUAUUACUUGCCACAGAAACUUCUAACAAUUUUUGAAAGUGAAGAUGAACUGAUGCUACAGAGGCUGGAAGAUAUUGGCAAGUUACCAAAAGUCUGGGAAAACAUACAAACUACGCACCUUGAACAAUUUAGGAAAUCACUUAAGCUCUACAAAGAAAGGCUGAAGUACAUUGAAGAGUAUGAUGGGCCACCCUUUGUGCCGUCCACAAACAUGAAACGUUUGAUCCGUCACACCGAGUUCCUGCCAACUAAUCUCCACCAGCAGCGACUGGAUGUGACAUCAGAGGUGGCACCAAAAGGAAUAUCCUACGACACCACAACCUGUGGACUCUUCACUUCCUUCACGUUACGCUAUCGCCAAGGAGGUCUCAGGAGACUAAUGCAACAAUUCAAGGAACAAUUUGCCGCUAAAUUCAACUUCAAACCACGUUUAGAUGAACUGUGGUAUCUUUUGACUUAUGUUAAUAAGCUGCAGAUGGAUGUUCACUCUGAGGGUGAGGUGUUUUGCGACGGUGCUGAGAAGGGACGGAAGUCAGAAUUAAAGAGCACUGCUAGUCAGUUCUUAUUGAAGGUGCGUCAACUGUUAGACUUCUGUGAGGAAGACUUGGUGCAAGAGUCACUGGAGACGUUCACCACCACGAUGACGGAGAAUAAGAAUGGGGCAAUCAAGACAAAGAAGAAGAGGCGUAAUAGUCUCACACAAAUCCUCAAUUUCAAGAAGCACCGACGAAAAAGUGUCGAUGUGAACAUGAACUUUAUGGUGGAAUCUUGGGUCUCGCUCAAAUCCUUGGUGGAGACGCUAAGUGUCAAUUUCGAAACUAAGACGGACAAGAUCAUAUCAAAGGGCCGUGGGGUGAUGCGAGAGGAAGCUGAACUGCUCAUCCAGGGAGUGCUGCGUGCUGUAGAGAACAUCUGUAGGCUCAUACUCAACUCUUUGGCAUUCAAGAUCAUAGUGGAGACCAGUCCCAAUGUCUCACUGUGGCAUACGAUACGAUUCAGGAGGAAUCUAUGCUACUCUCAGGGGCUGUCCGCUUUAACUGUAGGUGUGAUGUCAGGAAUGUCAACUUCUAUUCGUAAUGAGGAGUUACUCGAACAGAUCUCAAAGAUAGGAAUUCUAGUCAGUUUCGAGUGUUUGCUCAGUUGUUUUGGAGAUGAAAUAGCAAUGCUGGAAGACAUGGUCGCGAUUCUUAAACAACUUGAUGACGUCAAAUUCCGGAUCUAUCCCUCCAAUGGCGACAAGACUAGCAUGCCACGCCUUUGUCAAGUCAGACCUUACGUCAUAAUGGAGAUACCGUUACCGCCACAUGAAUUCAAUCUUCUACCCGUUGAUCUCAGGGAAGGGCAUUUGAUUGACAUCCAUACGUGUAUGUUCAACGUUGGUGUCAAUGAACAGGCUACUUUGGGAGAGAAACUCGGUGUGGAUGAACUCGAAAAACACAUCAACAACAAAGGGUUUGAGAUUUUAUCUCAGUACAAGGAGGAGUUUUUGAAAAGCUACCAAGAGCCAUUGACAUCUGACACCCGGCAGACAUUAACAGAGCGAAUGUCUGCACUCAAGCAGAGCGUUGCUUUGAAGAAAUCUCGCAACACUGCAAUAUUGCACAUCUCUGAUGAAAUUGCCCGAAUGAUAAGGGCAUUCAGAUUCACCUGUUGUAAAAGUUCUCGGGACCGAACAUCGAUGGGUAUCACUCUCGAACAGACGAUGAUCCUGCAGAGAGAACAUCAACUGGCACAAAAGGUCUUCAUGAGAGCACUCGAUUGUUUCAGAACCGAUGGUGUGAGGCGGGCAAAUGCCAUCAAGAAUACAGGGAAAAGGCACUAUGACUUCAGUGCAAUGAGAGUGAUGGCGUUACCGCUUCUCUACAAGCCACCGUGCGGCUGUUACAGACCCGUCUAAAGGAGUUCUUCAAAGUGAUAUACAAUGUAUGAUGAAAUCUAGCAGGCAGUGCAUACCUGCAAUAGGCAAAGCCCCACUCCAUGUACAAGAAGCUAGCAAGUAUCACUGGACAGUCAGGUGGAGUCAUGUCAAGGGUGUACAGAAUAAUGAAAACUCUGUUGUUAUUAUUAAUAAGAAUCUUUUGCUCUCAUAUAAUUUAUUACUAUUCAGGUCAAUGCUUUAUUUUUGAUUAUUGUUAAAUUUGUAUUCUAAAAGUAAAAAACAUGGUCGCGGGUAGUCUAUGAUCUCUGCUUGUUUACAUCUUGGUGAACUUGCAUUUUCAAGAGUCACUCUGGUAUUUCUGUAAUUCAUUAGGCCAAUGCUGGUACGUUUGAUUUGUUAUUAAAUUUGAAAUCUAUUUAGUAAAACAAACAUAGUCUCCGGUAGUCUUUGAGCUCUACUGGUACAGGGAAGCUUGCAUUUCUUGGAACUAUACUUUGGUGCGACAUACUGCCUGGACCAGCGGAUGAACUGAAUAGCGAAAACUGUAUUUUGUCUCACAUGUCCAUGCAUUCCUACUGAAUUCUUUUGUCAGUAUUGAUUAAUAAGCAAGAAUAACGAAUUAAUCAUUCUUGGUGCUACUGUGUACUACCAGUCGAUAGAAACAAAAUAAAACAAGCGUAUAAAC